AUGUCUGACGCUUGGGGCACCUCUGAGAUGACGGAGGCCCUCCCCUCCCUCAUGGUCAAGAAAAUGACCCCAACGCAUCGUCUCCCGGCCCUCAGGAGAGCAAAUCCUCCUCCCCGAGGGAUGGACCCAAAGAUGAUUGCCGCCUCGGAGGCUUUGAAGAAGAUGGACUGGACCCCUGCCAAAGCUUAUGAUUAUUCUACCCUGGGACCCGGCCAGGAAGAGAACUGGGACGGCGCUGCCCGCAUUUACGAAUGGGACGGCGAAAUUGGUGAAGUUGCCCCCGAACACCCGGAACUUGAAUUGGAGUUGUUUGGCACUCCCGAAUCGCGCGGCGAGGUCCGUGGCAUUGACUUUACAAAGAUCGCCGAAAUCGAGGUCACCCAAGAGGGCCCCGUUGAAGUAGAGCUGAUCAAAAGCUUCAAAGAUGCGGGCCUCCACCCCGUCAUGCUUCGCAACAUCGAGCUUGCGGGAUACGACGCACCCACCCCCAUUCAGAAAUGCACCAUCCCAGCGAUCCACCGCGGAUAUGACACUAUUGCUAUUGCUCAGACCGGUUCCGGCAAAACGGCCGCGUAUCUGAUUCCGAUCCUCGAUAAAUUGAUGGGCAAAGCAAAGAAGCUAGCUGGCCCCCGCCCCAACCAAGGUAAGUUCCAGGAAGGCGUCGACCCUUACGUGCGAGCCGAGCCCCUCGUCGUCAUUGUAGCUCCCGCCCGCGAGCUGGCGGUCCAGAUCUUCAACGAGGCGCGCAAGUUUUGUUACCGCACCAUGCUUCGACCUUGCGUUUGCUACGGCGGCGGACCCAUCCGGGACCAGAUCCGUCUCCUUGGCAAGGGCUGCGAUAUCCUCGUUGCAACUCCCGGCCGCCUGGUCGACUUUCUCGGUCGCCCAGACGUGCUCUCCUUGAAAAGACUUCGCUACCUCGUCAUCGAUGAGGCCGAUGAGAUGCUUCAAGAGGACUGGCAGACAGACCUGGAUCGCAUCAUGGUUGGCUCCGACCAGGACGAGGGCCAGGUCACUUACCUCUUGUUCUCCGUCACAUUCCCCAAGCAUAUCCGCAAUCUCGCCCAGAACCACUUGCGCGCCGACCACGUCCGCUUCCGCAUCGGCCGCGCCGGGAGCACCCACAGCAACAUCAAGCAGACCAUUGUCCGCGUCGAGCACGACAAGCGCCAGAGCCUGCUCAGCCUGCUCUCCACCGUGCCCCCUGCCGCACCAUCAUCUUUGUGA